AUGGAGAGGGGAAACCAAACUGGCAUCUCCGAAUUCUCCCUCCUGGGACUGUCCAACCUGGCAGAGCAGUGGGAGCUCCUCUUCGUGUUGUUCCUCUGGUUGUACCUGUUUGGGGUUCUGGGGAGCCUGCUCAUCGUCCUGCCCGUCAGCUCUGACCCGCACCUGCACACCCCCAUGUACUUCUUCCUCACCAACCUCUCCCAGGCUGACAUCUGCUUCCUGUCCACCACGGUCCCCAAGAUGCUGGUUAACAUUCAGAACCACGACAAAUCCAUAUCCUACACUGGCUGCCUGGCACAAAUACACUUCUUCAUUCUGUUCACAAGUCUGGACCAUUUUCUCCGCACUGGAAUGGCAUAUGACCGUUACGAGGCCAUAUGUCACCCCCUCCACUACACCACCAUCAUGUGCCCACAGCUCUGUACCCUGGUUGUUGCUGGAUCCUGGAUCUUCAAUUCCCUCCAUGCCCUGACACACACCCUAUUGGUGGUUCGCUUAAUGGACAGGGGAAACCAAACCGGCAUCUCAGAAUUCCUCCUCCUGGGACUGUCCGACUGGGCAGAGCAGCGGCAGCUCCUCUUCAUGUUAUUCCUCUGGAUGUACCUGCUUGGUGUCCUGGGGAGCCUGCUCAUCAUCCUGGCCAUCAGAUCUGACCCGCACCUGCACACGCCCAUGUACUUCUUCCUCACCAACCUCUCCCUGGCCGACAUCUGUUUUCUGUCCACCACAGUCCCCAAGAUGCUGGUCAACAUUCAGACCCACAGUAAAACCAUAUCCUACGCUGGGUGCCUGGCGCAAAUGUAUUUCUUCAUUCUGUUCGGAGGUCUCGACCACUUUCUCCUCACUGGAAUGGCUUAUGACCGCUAUGUGGCUAUAUGCCACCCACUCCACUACACCACCAUCAUGGGCCCACGGCUCUGUGCCCUGAUGGUAGCUGGGUCCUGGAUUACUGUGGUCUCCUUGUUCUAUGGCACUUCCGCUUGGGUCUACUUCAGCCCCCGAUCCACCCACAAGGCCAAGAAAGACUCUAUAGCAUCUGUGAUGUACUCAGUGGUGACCCCCAUGCUGAACCCUUUCAUCUACAGCCUGAGGAACAAGGACAUGAAAGGGGCCCUGAGAAAAUUCAUCAGUAGGAAAUAUGACUUCUUCCAGAAACUGUAA